AUGCGCCUGCCUUAUCGUAAUAAGAAGACGACCCUGUGGGUCAUGCUUGGAAUUGUCGUUGUCACAAUGUUUCUAUUCAAAUUUACGGAAUUACGUCCCAUCUGUUUCUUCAGAGAUGAAGCAGUACCUGGCUCUGGUCUGUCCGGGCAACAGUCAUCGGCCAUGAUGAGAGGAGAUGCGAAAUAUGUCGAAGGCGACAGCCAAAAAGUCUAUUCGUACAGCAGAGACAUGCCAUUAAUAUUCAUUGGUGGUGUACCCAGAUCAGGGACAACGCUAAUGAGAGCUAUGCUCGAUGCACAUCCAGAUGUCAGAUGCGGUCAAGAAACCAGAGUUAUACCAAGAAUAUUGCAGCUUCGCUCCCACUGGCUCAAGUCCGAAAAGGAAUCACUGCGGCUGGUAGAAGCUGGCAUUACCAAAGAAGUCAUGAACAGUGCAAUUGCUCAAUUUUGUUUGGAAAUCAUUGCCAAGCAUGGCGAUCCAGCUCCAAGACUUUGCAACAAGGAUCCGCUCACCCUAAAAAUGGGCACUUAUGUGAUAGAGCUCUUUCCAAAUGCAAAAUUCCUAUUUAUGGUACGCGAUGGACGUGCCACUGUCCAUUCGAUUAUUUCGCGCAAAGUGACCAUAACGGGUUUCGAUCUGACCAGCUAUCGCCAGUGCAUGCAAAAAUGGAAUCAUGCCAUUGAGGUUAUGCACGACCAGUGCAAAGAGAUUGGCAAAGAGCGCUGCAUGAUGGUUUAUUACGAACAAUUGGUAUUGCAUCCCGAGGAAUGGAUGCGUAAAAUAUUGGAAUUCCUUGAUGUACCAUGGAAUGACUCCGUUCUGCACCACGAGGAGUUUAUCAACAAACCCAACGGUGUGCCUCUCUCAAAAGUGGAGCGUUCGUCGGACCAGGUGAUUAAGCCAGUAAACCUGGAAGCCCUGUCGAAGUGGGUGGGCAACAUACCCGAAGAUGUGGUGCGCGACAUGGCGGACAUAGCACCUAUGCUCUCGGUGUUGGGCUAUGAUCCCUUUGCAAAUCCGCCGGAUUACGGUAAGCCAGACGCCUGGGUGGCAGAUAAUACAUCGAAGCUAAAAGCCAAUCGAAGGCUAUGGGAAAAUAAAGCUAAGGAAGUGUUGAAAAUGUCGCCCCAUCAACAACAGAACGCCAACGCCAAUGCCAAUGCCGAAGAGGAAGAGGAUAAUAUCAAUGAGACAUUUGCUCCAGGAAAUUCCAACAUAAUCAGCAGUAACAACAACAAUCAAUUCAAGCAUAACAAUAAGGACACCAAUAACCAUAACACCAACGAUGGCGAUGACGAUGACGACGAUGGCAUACCGAUGCAGCAACAGCAGCAGCUGGAAGGAAAACGCUCUCAACCAUACCCCAUGGAUGGCAUCAACUUGCAAUACCAAGAUGAUAUCAACGGGGACAUCAUCAUCACCAACAACAACAAAAAGAAAAACAAUAAUGAUAAUAUGUUGCAACAUCAGGACGAGCAGCAUUUUAACAACGAGUUAAGAGCAGCUCCUUCGAACGAUAUGCAUCGAAAGAAAAAACUGUUGGAUGUGGCGACGAUAAGGCAGCUGAAUAAAGAAAACGAAAACAAAUAAUAAAAAGAAACAAUGCUAAAGCAAAAACAACAAGAACACCCAGCAUUCAAAAUGUCAUAAUGCUUGGAAGAGCAAGAAUGACAAUGAUGAGACCACCACAAAAUAAUUCCAACACCACCAACACAACGACCACACCACCACAGUCACCACCUACUACCACAGCAACUACAUGAAGACGACCACCAAUCAACCAACCAGCCAACCCUGACUUUUUACCGAUUUGUUUAAUGAACCGAACCACCAUCAUCAGCUAUCGAUCAUUGAAUGGAACAGAAAGUUGCCAUCAGCAUUAACAUCAUCAUCAGUGUAGUUACUGGGGGCAUAACCCACCACCCACUUUUUUAUUCCGCACUGGCAGAUUUGCAUACACACACACACGGGCAAACAUUAAGGCAAUAUAGAAUGAUAGGAAUAGAAUGCAGGAACACCUGUGAGUAACUCUUCAACCGGCGAAUGAUGCCGACACAAUCUUGUGUUCCAUUGUUGUACAAUUUUCUACAUCAAAUGCUAGAUAGCAUGGAGCCGGAAAUGCAAUAGGGAAACGGAUGUUCCAUCAUGAGCAGCAGCUAAAAACUGCAGACGGAGACCGUGCAACAAAGCCAUCUCAAUUGGAAUGAUUAAACAACAAUCGUCGUUCGCAAUCGUAUUGUGCGAUAUGUGUGUCUUUAAGUACCCGUGUACCGAUGCAUUUAAGUGCGAGUGUGGCGCCCGAAAUAACAAACUCCUUCUUACCAUACAUUAUACAUUGCUACAGAUAUCGCCUGCACAUGCAAGCCGAACGUGUACAUAGAGUCAGAGGAUAGGUAUGUAUCUAUCUAGGUACGUUGCAUUUCAACAAAAUCGAUAGAGCAGAUAAAACAAAUCGAAACCAAACCAAAUAAAGUGUAUUAAACCAUUGAACCAAUACCGUGAACAUAUAGACGUACGUACAUACACAAACCCACACACUCACACAUCCACACAUCAUUUGCUAUUCACUCAGAUCCAAGUUCGCAAUUACCUUAAUAUUUUAUUUCAAUUGCUAAAGGGUAUCCUGUAUCAGCAACCUAAGUACACAUCCUGUACAUAGCCCCCCAGAUACAAUAUAUUUGGGAUAUUUUCUUAUCUACGAGACGAUUUGGGGGGGGGGGGGGGGUUAAACUUUGAAGGUGAAGCGUUUAAAAUUUAAAUCUAUUAGAUAUUGUUCAUGAAAUUCAAUUCUAUGGGCACAUAAAUUGCAGAAAAACUUAGUUUGAAAACUAUAUUACCGAAUGUCCGAUCCAUAACAGAAACAAUAAGAUCCCUCCCAGACAACACCGAAUCGUAUUAGAAAUACAUAUUUUCACGAUAUGAACGUCCAUCUCCAAAUGUGCGAAAUAGAAUGGUAUCGCAAUGAGGAAAGGUAUCGCAAUGAGGAAACUGGGAAAAAUAGGGUAAACGCAUACAUUUGUAACGUAAUUUCUGGUCGACUGAAUAUGAAUAUCAAAAUUUUAAAUCUGGUUGCCGUUUAUGCCAUUGCAAAAAGUAAUUCUUCAGAGAUUAACCGCUUUAAGGAUUUUAAUCCCACAAAGUAAAUUAAUACACUGGCACUGGUACCCAUUCCAGUAAGUUUUUUUUUAUAUUCCAAGGAAUUUAAUUCAAAAUUUUGAUAAGUUUUUAAUUUUCGAAACAUUUUCGGUGUUUAACUUUGAUAUGAUGUACAGUUAGUUAGUGAUUUUAAAUAGUUAGCCAUACUAAAAUGUUAAUUUGUUUCGUUGUUUCGUUUGUAUUUGUACAUAGAAUUCAAUAUUAUAGAUAAAUCACCUACUUACAUUAAUCUAUAUACACAACUUCAAAACAUUGACAACAACAAAUAAAAAGCACGGAUUUGCAAAGCAAAUUUGUGAGAAAGUAAAUCAAAUAAUACCUAAGCGACUAUAUAUAAUUUAUAUUACUAUCUAUACAUACUUAUAUAUUAAUAAUUAUCUAAUUUAACAUUUAAACGAAUGAAGAUAAGAACACCUCUAAAGAGCUUUUAAUAAUAUUUUAACAAUUUUUAUUUAUAUAUAUAGAAACUAUGUAUACAAUUUAUUAAAAAAAAUAAAUAAUGAGAAAUAAGAGGAUCGAAACAAAACACAAAUCCUCCUCCAGAAUAAUUGAUAACAAAUAAAACAAAAGAAGAUGAAAUAAAAAAGAAUAUGUAAAAACACGCGUACAACAACCCAUCUGUACAGUGUAUAGUUAGGUAAAUUUAUUUUACAAAAUAAUGUGACUGAUUGUGUAUAAACAAAUAUAUAUAUAAAUAAACAUGAAAACAGAAAAUAAA